UGUCGCAUACUUACCAUUCAGCUCUUAACUACCCACUACGCUUACUGCAAUUUAAAUCACAAUAUUAUUUGUCUUGCUUCUGUAUGUUUAGAGCACAUUCCCCACGCUGGUGAAGCACAGUCAUCGCUUAUCGAUGACAAAGCUGCCUUAUCUGCAUGUGAGCAUUAAGCUUCCUCCUACGCACCCUUAUCUAAUCGUUGGCCAAACAAAAUCACCGUCGCUGACAAAACGUAAUUGAUAAUUAAUUAGCUGUGGCCACUCGUGGGCAACUCCAAAAAGUGAAUGACCAUUCCGAUAAAACACUUCACGACCGUCAGUCAACGGUCAAUCAGCGGGCGCUGAGCUACACUCAAGGAUAGCGCUAUGCCGCCGCCAGGACGCGGCUUUGGACCCGGACCAGUGCACCGGCCACCGCCUGGACCCGGCUUUCGGCCAGGACCCUAUGGCCCCGGACCGCCGCCACCCGGACGCACCAAUGUCAAUGUGGAUGUCAAUAUUGGGGCACGACCGCCGCCCAUUGGCGUGGGCAUUGGCUUCGCACCGCCGCCAGUCGUUAUUGGUGCGCCACCAAUUGUAAUCGGUGCUGCACCACCACCACCGCCAGUUGUUGUCGAAACCUACGGACUGCCACGACCCGCAGUGGUCACCGCGCGUGUGCAGCCGCCCGUUGCCACAGCCACUGUCUACACACAGCCGGAAGUCUGUUGUUGUGUUAUUCUCUAGACGAAGAGUGCGUGUGAUUUGUGUGUAAAUAUCUGUUUCUUUAUAACUAAAUGAGCAUCUUCCAUAUGUUCUCUUAAUCUAUAUCCUAUAUAUUGUGACUGUGAAUAAAUUUAUAAGUUUUGUGAGCGCAAAUCUGUGGCCGUUUUCAUUGAAGUGCUAAAGAAAUUGAAUAUUAAUUGUGUUAUCUUUAAAUUUAUCUAAACUUAUCAAUGCGUCACUUUUAUGAAGUCCCCUUCAGACUGAACCAUUUAAAUAGGACAGUCUUUUGCAGCUGUCAAAGGCCAGAUAACUUGUUCUAGGGUAAUUAUUUAGCUUCAGUCGAUAAGAAAUAAAAUGUGAUUGAUAGGUUAAAACUGUGCUAAAACCCUUGUAGUUUGAAAACUUCGACUGUUAACAGGCCGUUAACAGGUAACACGUAACAGAGAAAAACAUAAAUUAAAUUUUGUAAUUUUUCUAUUCACUUAAAAAUACAAUUAAAUAUUUAGCAUCAAAAUGAAAGACUUAAUAACUAAUAUUAAAGCUAAAAAGCAAUACCAAAACUAGAGCUAGUAUUAAGUACAAAAUCCUGUUAUAUUACAGCUGUUAAAAACCGUUCACAGACAAUGUUUAUAAAUGGUAAAACCUUACAGAAUUCACCAAAUAAUGUACAAACUCGCAGUUUGAAAGCUACUGUGUUUUAAUAAAAGACUUACAGUAA